UCCUCGACCCAGCUAAUUCAACCUCUAAUUAUUAUUAUUCGUAUUUUUCAAACCCUAAAAGAUUAAUUAACCGAUCCCGGUCUCCAUUUUAAUCCGCAGACUCGGCCGUUUCCUUCACUCGUUGACUCACUGAUCACUCAUAAGCAAAGCAAUGGACCGGGAUUCAUCCGACGAAGACGACGACCGCCAGACCUUAAUCCACCAAAACGACACCAAGAACCUCCCGCACCAAAUCCCAACCACCCAACGCGCUUCCACUCCUCCGAGAUCCAGUUUCCGCAUCGAGGAGAUCGAAUCCCAAAUCCGACGCCGUUUCAAGCUCUCAUUCAACAAACGUUACCUCUUCGCCAUCGUUCUCCCUCUCCUCAUCAUCCCUAUCUUCUUCUCCGCCGACAUUCGCUCCCUCUUCUCUUCCAACAUCUCUUCCCUUAAAUUCAAUACGGCGUCGGAUCGAAUCAAAGAAUCCCAACUCCAAGCUCUUUACUUGUUGAAUCAACAGCAGAGUUCCCUUCUUUCUAUUUGGAAUCACGCUUUCGUGAAUUCUAAUAACAAUAUCACCGCCGUUCAAUUUGAUGAUUUGAAAGCUGCAUUGCUCAAUCAGAUCACGUUAAACAAACACAUUCAGCAAACCCUCUUGUCCCCUCACAAAACCGGAGACGCCCUUGAAAACGGCACCGUUUUGGACCCCGACUAUGCCGGUUACAGUUUCGACCGUUGCAGAAAAGUUGACCAGAAAUUCGCUGAAAGAAGAACGAUCGAAUGGAAACCCAAGCCCGAUAAAUUCUUGUUUGCGAUUUGUUUGUCAGGUCAAAUGAGUAACCAUCUAAUUUGUUUGGAAAAACACAUGUUUUUCGCAGCGGUUCUGAAUCGGGUAUUGGUGAUUCCAAGUUCGAAAUUCGAUUACCAGUACAAUCGAGUGCUCGAUAUCCAGCACAUUAACGAUUGUGUUGGGCAAAAAGCUGUUAUCCCAUUCGAAGACUUCAUGGAAAUCAAGAAGAAUCGCGCUCACAUUGAUAGGUUCAUUUGCUAUUUUUCGAGCCCGCAGCCGUGUUAUGUGGACGAAGAGCAUUUGAAGAAGUUGAGAUCGUUAGGAAUUUCGAUGGGGAAAUUGGAGAAUGCUUGGAAGAAUGAGGAUACUAAGAAACCGAGUACAAAAACGAUCAAGGAUGUGGGAGAGAAGUUUGCUUCGGAUGACGAUGUUAUUGCAAUAGGGGACGUCUUUUUUGCGGGCGUGGAAACAGAUUGGGUGGCGCAACCAGGUGGUCCGAUUGCGCAUAAAUGUAAGACUUUGAUUGAGCCUAGUAAGCUUAUCUUGUUGACUGCUCAACGGUUUAUUCAAACGUUCUUGGGAAGUGAUUUUAUUGCUCUUCAUUUUCGCCGACAUGGAUUCUUGAAGUUCUGCAAUGUUAAAAACCCAAGUUGCUUUUACCCUAUUCCUCAAGCUGCGGAUUGCAUCACUAGAAUGGUUGAAAGGGCCAACACUCCAAUUAUAUACCUUUCAACAGAUGCAGCAGAAAGCGAAACUGGUUUGCUACAAUCGAUGGUUGUGCUGAAUGGGAAAACUAUACCACUGGUUAAACGGCCUCCUCGCAGUUCAGCUGAAAAAUGGGAUUCCUUGUUAUACAGACAUGGCAUCGAGGAUGACCCUCAGGUGGAAGCUAUGCUGGAUAAGACCAUAUGUGCUAUGGCGAGUGUGUUCAUUGGAGCCCCAGGUUCAACAUUUACGGAGGACAUUUUGCGACUCCGAAGGGGCUGGGGAACAGCAUCUUUAUGUGACGAGUACUUGUGCCAAGGUGAAGUGCCAAACUUUAUAGCAGGUGAGGAGUGAAGAAUAUGCAGAAAUGGCAGGCAGUAAAAUUGUGACAUUUUAAAGAUGCUCCGUUGGAGAAAAUGGUAGGUUCGGUAUGAUUGUAUUAUACGAGCAUUUCAUUGAUUUGAUUACUUAUUAGUUUUACAACAUUCUCACACCGUAAUGGAGUUUGUAUGAUGCGAUACACUUUGGGGCUGAAACCCUGAACUUGAAUUCAUUUAUUCUGUUUGUAAAUCAGUUG